AUGGCAUCCCGUUCCAACCCACUAGUCUCAUGUAAGAUCAAUGUCUUUACUGAUUCUAAAUGCACUAUUCUGCUCGAAACCUUGAUGGGUUAUUGUGACCCCGAUGGUCUGAGAAACUUGUUCCAGGUGAACAAGAGGAUAAGUCAUAUAAUCCUUUCAUCGGCGGUCCUACGACGUAUCCUACAACAUGCUCCCAAUACUUCCCCCGUCCCUCUUGAUACUCCACCUCGGUCAACGGAAAAUAGUCCAUCGUCAUCGGAUUUCGGAUUUGAAUUACUUCCACUGUUUCCUCUUCCCUUCAGUCCUCUCUCGCUUCCUCCGUCAUUACCUCCUUCUCUACCUCCUUCUUUACCUCCCGCUCAACCGAUUCCUCUUCCUCCUGUCCCUCCUACCAGUACCUCUAUCGAUGCAGCUAAGGUUCAAUCCGCCUCAAUCGAUGCAGUUACCUUUCAACCCGCGUCCAUCGAUGCAGUGGAAGUGCAAACCCCGUCCAUCGAUGCAGCUGAAACCCAACCAACCUCUGUCGAUGCAGCUGAACCUCAAUCUGCUCCCACCGAUGUAGCUGACAGUAAAGCGAGUCAGUCUGUCCUCAUCUCACACGAGUGCCAAACUCGCGGAGAUUAUGCGACAUCACACCUAGUGGCAGACACGAGUGAACAAGCUGGUCCAUCUGGCACAACCUCACCGAUAGAAGAUUCACGACUCUUUCAUAGAAGAUGGCCAUGGGAACGUGAGAAAGCGUUGAUAAAUCUCGAACCUGCUGAAAUUCGAUGUUUCAAUUUACCAUUCUCAUAUGUGGUCGACGUACAAGAUGGUAUCAUGUUGCUCAUUUUUUCCAACACCGGGUGGCCUGUGGAUGCCUUGCCUUGGCGAUGGGAGAUGCAACAAUGGGCAGUGUUUCAAUUACCAUAUUCUGGUCCUGAACGUUCGUUUUACAACAUCAAAGACCGAAUACAAGGUUUACUAGGAUGGACGGUUCUUCAUCAGGGUGAAAUUUGGGGAAUCGCAUUUUGUCCUUCCGAUGAUGUCGUGGCUGUGGCUGGACCACUACGAGAAGGUGUAGCAAAAGGCAAAGCGGAUUGUCCACUCCGAUUUCGUCGUAUAUACUUUUACAAACUCACUCCUAAUCCAUUAUACGAAUCUAGAUUGUUGGGUGAGGAUGGUGCAUAUCAUCCCGAACGAUACGCAAGACAAUUCAUAGAAAUCGUCACGCCAGACGAUAUGUCUCUUAAUCCCGAUGUGGAGUUACAACUGAUUCCCGGAGGGAGGCUACUUGUGACAAAUUGUGCUGGGGUACCUGGCUCUUUGAGUUUAGUGGCAGUAUGGGAUUGGAAAUCUGGAACAUGUAUAGGGCGUAUCUCACCUUUAGCUCAUGAUGUUCCUUCAUUUCCUUCGAUUUAUACAGCUCGAUUCAUCACUCGAGAUUGGGUAGUGGUAUUAGCUACACGGGACAUCGACGGAUCUCGUUCAAAUACAAGAACCAACCCAUUGACAGACCAAGGAUAUUGUUUGGUUUUAUCGACAUACGCUUUAAAUCCACCUCCGAAACCUCGUCGGUCAAAAUCAAUGGUUUGGAGACAUGUUGGUAAACUUAAAGAAUAUAAAUCACACAUUUGGAAUGGAUUACCAGAAUGGAGUUGGUUCAUAAACGAUAUGCCAUAUGCUAUUCCACUAGCUUCGGCAGCUCUUCCAGCUAUGUCAGAUGAUAAAGUUUUAGAUUUAAUGAUACCACUUCGACCUACUGUGGCUUAUCUUCCUUUAUCGGCAAGAAUCAAACUUCCGUUUCAAGAUGAUUUAGAUGGAGGUUGUGAUAGUAAUUGUAUCGAUGUUUUUUCUUUCGAAUGUAGAGGGAUUUUACAAAGUUCAGAUCAAAUGGAAAUCAUCAUGUUGGUUGGGACGAUUUCACUCAAGUUUAUCAAAGUUAUGACUCGUUGUGCUUUGGCGAAACGAAAUUUACAAAAUCGACAAAAUCAAGUUCAACUCCAAUCUCAACCGAGUGAAACUUCAUCUCAUGAUCCUGGUCAAUUCCCCGAGCCUCAAAAUCGAUCUAUCUCAAUUCCUUCACUUCAUCCCUAUAUGACGACGACGACAACGAAGACGAGACUUUCAACCUCCACCCCACAGCUCGUUCUGUCCACUCAAACUACUUUAUCCACUCAACAACCUACUUUGACCACUCAUCAGCCUACUUUAUCCACUCUUCAACCCCCUGACUCCAUUCGACAAUUCAAUUCAUCUAAACAACCCAUUAUCUUAUCUAAAAAACGUCCAAAUCGUUCCAAUUCAACUCUUUCAAACAUAUCUCAAAUACUCGGAGAACAACUACCAGAAAAAGAAAUGAUUUCAUACACUUGGUCACAAUGGCAACAACACGUUUACAUUUGUCCACAUUCAAGUGCAUUCUGUUCCGCAUCUUCAAAUUCGAAAUCCAUUUAUUGUUCAACAGCUAAUAAUCAUACACAAGGUGAUAAAUUUAAUUUAGAAUUAUCAGAUUUCAAACCUUUAGAAUUAAGACCAAACACUGUUCAUUAUGCCGGAAUGGAAUGUAUAAGUCAAAUAGAUUAUCCUAUAGGAUCAAAAGGUAAAGAAUUAGAAAAUGAUAAUAAUAAUGAAAAAACCAGAAGGUAUUCUGUAGAUUCAGCAGACCCAUUCGUAAAGACUUUGAUGGUAGAUAAGAUGAUUUGGAAUUCUACUAAAUUUUUGAAAAAUAUAAACGAGUUGGAUGUUUUUAAAGCGAGGAUUAUCAAAUCUGGUUUAGCUAGAAGUUCUACUAAAGUCUUGAUGACUUGUGGUAAACAUUAUACUUGUGCUCAAUUGUUUUUUGAUGGAGAGAGGAUCGUCUUGACUUCGGUUAGUUCUUUCUUUAAACUUGAUUUUCGUGGUAAUUGA